ACGUCAUUAAAAGGCUGGAUUAAGAGAUUUGGAACACAAUGUUCAUAAACAAGACAAAGCGGCAGAGUGUUUACAGGAAUAAGAUGCCAGUAAGAGAAACCUGACGAACAUUACAAAAAUCUGAUUUCUUUCACUACAGGGAAAAGAAGAGUUUAAAGUGACAGCCUACUAUUCAGUUCAACUAUUUAACAAUGAUUCUCAAAAUUACUAAUUUUCUGCUUGGAAAUAAAACCACAGAUGACACUGAAGAAAUCGACAAUCAUGAGGAGGUGCUAGAAUAUGAAGAGGGCGAGUGGGUCAUAGUCAGCAUUCAUGAGACUCCAUUAGUAAAUUUAGAAGUAAGCCCUCUGGAGAACCUGCUGAUUGAACAUCCCAGUAUGUCUGUGUAUCAAAAGAAUUUCCAGAACCUCAACAGUGACAAUCUGCUUUCGGAACAGGAAAACUAUGAUGGCCAUGCUUCCAGACCCCCAGAAGUGGUACAUUAUAUUUCACAUCACCUUAUACUUCAUGAGAGCAUCCUUCCUGCCAGCCACUUGCACUACAUGCAAAAGGCUAAGGCAUAUAUUGACCGCCAGAAGCUGAGUCGUAAUUACCUUCUCCGGCAGAACCUAUGCAAAAGGCGAUACCCACCCAAAGAAAAACACUAUGGCAACUUCAAGCAACCACGCCAGCAUUUCUAUAACUUCUGAAAUGAAUUUGAUAAAAGUGUUUAUAACAAAUAUGCAAUUCACUGUAAGUUACAGGUCUGUGUUUAGCUCAAAAUGCAUGAAAGUUUUAAAAAAGGUGGAUUAAGUGCAUGCUGUCUUUAAACAGUGAUCCUGAUAAUUCAGAAUUAACUGAACAAAUAGUGUAUACUCUGCCAAAGUCAUUUUUUGAAAUGUAAAUAUCUGGUAGUGUUAUUAUCAUGUUAGGAUCUAUUUUUAUUCUAUUUUAAAAGAUGGGUUACCUCGGAUUCUCAUUGAUUUACAAGUGUGCUUUGGCUCUUUCGUUGCUUGUGAAUUUCUAAACACCUAUUUGUUAUUACUGUACUGCCCUUACUGUAUACAUAGUCAGUUGCAACCCACAAAAGUUUGAAAAACGGGUGACAGGCAGCUCCUUUUUAUUUCACACUAAUUCAUUUAAACUCGGAAGCCAGCAAGUCACUUAGCCACUACUGUGACUUGUCUUCCAAUAAUUUUGCACUCCUUUCCUGUUGCUACUUUGGUGAUUAUAGUAUUCUAAUUACUCAGGCAUUUUGGUGCUUUGUUUGUAUGCCGAGUGUGGAUUGUUAUCAAGUUAUCCACUUUACUCACUCUGAGAGAAUGGAUAAUACAAUCAUAGUACACUCGGUAAUUACCUGAAAAGGAAUGUUGUGUUUAUCAUUGACUGCUUCACAGAGCAUUCAGUAAAAGGCAGCAUCUAAGCAGCCAUCUAAACUAGGCUAAGGACCUUGAAGUUCUCAGAUGUUCUUUGCACUUUGCCUAAAUUGCUUUAAUGCAUGCCAGUAAGCCUUAUUUUGCGUAUUAGGUUAUAAAAAUGGAACACUAAGUCUAAAAGUGCAGAAUUUUCUAGAGUAAUGAAAAAUGAGGAAGCUAACAGUAUGCCUCCAACUACUGAACUGUAAUAAUGGAGUAGUGAGUAAUCUGCAAUAAGCCCUAAGCAUUUCUGCAGUGGACAUCCCAUGCUCAUGAAAAUGCAUUAGAACUUCUGCAAAACAGAGUGCUCUUUUAAUCACAACUACUGCACAUUGUAUGGUAGUAAUACCAAAUUGUAAUAGUGAUGUGUGUACAGUGUUCUCUCUGUUUGUCUAUAAAAUAUGACCUCAGAUUUUACCUCAGAGAACGAUUAAAGACAUUAACAACUGAGAGAAAAAAAAACAACAACUGAAUGCUAUUUUGUACAUUCUGGCUAGACGUUAGUUCUGCUCCUGUUAUGCCUUUUAUAAGAACAGGUCAGAAUUAUAAUAGAUAUUGCAGCUGUAUCUAGUCCACUCUCGGAAUGCUAAUUAAUACAUCUUGAUGGAAUGGAAAAUAUCACUUAAUCCUGUAAAGGUAUUUUAUGUUUAUUUCCUGGAAGUUUUGAUGACGAAUUUAUUAAUAGCAUUUAUGCUACAGAAUUAUAACUGAAUGAAAUGCUAAGAAUUGUUUAUAUAUUGUUAAAUUUUAGUAGUCUUAAAUUGAGGUAAAAUGGAUCGAGCUUCAGCUUCACAGGGAGAUGGAGCAUAACUUGACAUCAUUAAGCAGGAGGCAGGGACCACCACUAAACAGAGCACCAGUCUGUCUUAGGGUACACAUGCACAUGUAUCUGUAGUAAUUAACCUAAAAGGCUUGUCUUUGGGAUAUGGGGAAAAAUCCAAACAAACAUGCAGACCAAGCCCAGUGAGUGAAGUCAAUGCCCUAUAAUUGUGAAAGAGCAGACCUACAGUAAAUAACGGAACAUUUUACAGCUCCAAGGAUGUAGAUUAAUUUCUCUCCCUGGGCACUAAUAUAUAUCUUCAUGUGUAUAUUCAUGUAACAUGCUGCAUCACACAGACUAUUAACAAAUAACACAUUCUAAUUGGUGUUGGAGGGCAUGGCAUUAAUCAAGAAUCAAGGUAGUAAAUAUCAAUUUUUAUAUUAAUUAUUAACUAACCUCUGGAUCUGUCACUGCAGAUUAUGAUUCAGUCUGCAUGUAUGUCUGCUUCCCUUUCACCUCAUGUUUUCUGUGAGUUUGUUACAAGGGAGCCCUUGAAAUCAAAAACCUGUCAAUAUUACCAAAGCUCCUUUGCUUCACUAGGGGACAAGUGAACUUUCACACUUCAGGGAAAGGACAGUCAGAAGCAGUGAUUGUGCAAAAUGCUCUUAUUACAUCUACAUGUGUAAAUACGCUACUAGAAGGCUAGUUGCAAACGUGACUAACGUUUAUAAUCAAUCUGCAAAUUAAUGCCAGUGGGCCGUUGUGUUGUUCAUUUGCAGUAGCUGAUCUUAUUGGGUUUGAGCUGAAUCAAGUACUGUAAUAAUUUGAGUAGGCCUUGGUGUAGCCAGCUAUGAAGAGCAGAGUAUUCUAGUAAGUGUGUGACUCAAGGUGAGUGCAAAUCAAGCUACAGUAGAACUGCAACCUUCAUAGUCUGAAAACACAUCGGGUCCUGUAGCAUCUGAUCUGCUCUUAACACGUAGUUUGUCUCUAAUAGCUGUAACACUAAUAGAAGUUUUGAAAUGGCUUCUGGUUUCAGCAGACCUCAUUUAUUGUAAAUUACUAUCAUCCCUACAGUUCUUUUUUAUUUUGAAAAGUUUUAAAGAAAUCAGAAAUUCUUCUAGCUGAAAAGUAUAAUAAAAGUAACGUGUGAAUAUUUGUACGUAGAUGCAAAUAGAACUUCGAGUGCCUUAGUGUGUUGUCCAUCACAUUCAAAUUAAAUACCUGAGGCACAUGUUCUGCUAAACAUUUUUACAGUAAAAGGAACAAAUGAUAAGUACAACUUAAAAAUGUGAAUGUGUUUUUCUCUUUUCCUCUAUUUUUUAGUAAUGAUUUAAAAAAAAAAAACACGCACACACACAUAAUGUCUUUAAUACUUGGUGCAGCAGUGGGUAGUCGCUUCUGGUCUGCCUGUGUGUAUUUUGCCUAUUUUUGGACAUGUGAGUUUCCUCCCAUAUCACAAAACUGCCUAUUAGCUUAACUGGUGAUGACUAAAAUGUGUAGUUAUGUGCCCUUGGGAUACAUGAAUGUCCCAGCUAUGGUCAGCUCUUUCUUUGCACCUAAAGUAUCUGGAUAAAAGUACUGUCUCCCUGUGAUCCUGAGCUGCGCUGCAAAAAAUGAAAUCUAAGCAAGUGAAAAGUGUUUACAUCAUGAUAUUAAGUCUCCCCUGUGACCCUGUGUUCGGAUUCAGCGGGUUGGAAAAUGGAUGGAUAGAUGGAUGGACAGUAAGUCUUGUUUUCCUUACUGUAAGAUUUACUGACUUAUGAAAAAAAAAUUUAUUUAAGAUUUUUAGCUUACUUUAAGUAAUCUUGUUAAGUAAAUUUUGCUUAUCCCACUGGCAGAUAUUUUUGCUAAAUAAAUGCACAGCAACUCCCAUUGUAAGUUUUUUUUUUCUGAGUUUUUGUAUAUGGAUUUUUUUGCGGUGUGGGUAAGCAGGCUAGCAAAUGGAUGGCUGGAAAGCAUUAAUCUUUUAUCUGUUAGGUCAUCAGCAUGCACCUUAUCAAAUUAGCAAUAUGUACACGGAGGGCCAACUAGAAACACAAACAUUACACACACACUGCUAAUCCUCUUGGUCUACAGCUUCAACAUAAAAGUACAUUUUUGCUUUACAUGGCCGAUGUCAUUCUCCACAUUUGUUGUAAAACUUCAGUUUGUUACACUAGCUCAGAGUAUAAAAAUGUACAUUUUAAACGGGUGUACACUAGUUAAACUGAUGAGUAUUUCUUAAAUAUGUGUACGAAAAAUGAAGACCUACAUGUUUCAAGCCUCAUUGGACUUUAACUGCAUGGUUUUUAAUAAUUUUGUUUUUAAUUACAGUAACAUUAUAAAUAUUUUAAAGAAUGUUGACUAUUUUUACAAGACUAUAAGAAACAAAAACAGGUCAGUAACUGGGCAUUUUGUGAUUUAAGGAAAUAAUUAACAGGUGCUUUACUGUUUCCUUAGUGCAUACACAUAACCAUUUAAACAUCUACUUUAUGACAUCGUAUUGUUUUUUUAACAACAGGGUUAUUUCCUGAAUGAAACAAUCCAGAUAACACAGCAAUUGGUGCAAAAAAUGUAACGUAUUAUAUUUGUUAUUUCAGUUUUAGGUGAUAUAACUUUUCUUUGAUAACAGCUAAACUAUGGGUGCCAGUUAUUACAUACUUUGUUGAGGGUUUACAUAUUUGCUUUUUAUUUGUAUUUUCUUUUUUAAGUUGAGUGUUCAGAUAUGAUGUAAAAAAUUAUAUAUAAAAAAAGUAUAUUUCCUACAAAAAAGUGUGUGUAUUGAGCUUAGAGAUGAGAUUUUAUUUUAAUACAGUAGACACAUUCUAGCUAGGUCAAGAGAAAUAAAAGAAUUCAUAUCAGCGCCUAAAACAUCCAAAAUACACUUUUAUGCCAUCUGUACAGUCACUAUACAUUUUUGUCAUUGAAUACUGUUGCUAUUACAUAUUUUUUUGUGAGUUAAUUAGUCCUUAAGGGUAUAUUUUACAUGUUUCUCAAACACCAUAGGUAAGCACAGAAAUAUGUAAAUAUUAAAAAAUGUUUAUAGAAACUCACGCAAUUAAAUGUUUUUGUGUAAAAUGUUUCUGUUCUUCUGAGUUAAUGGAUUGAUAAAGUAUUCAUCCUGUCACAACAUUUCUUUUAAUUAUAUGUUUUCCAAAGAUGACUUGAAAAGGUUAACAAAGUCGACUGAAAACCAAAAAACCUUCUGUGUGUAACAGAGACGUAUGACAAUGACACUGUACUGCUUAAACGUGUGCAAUUACUAUGCUACAGCUGUAUUUUACUGCAAUUCUUUUCCCAUUUCAUGAAACAGCUUUAUAAUAAUUUUACCUUAAAUGUUGCUCCAUGUAACAUACAUUAUAUAUUGUAUAUAAAUUACUUUGUAAAAUCUAUGCUAAUCUAGACUUGAGAUUUAUAAGAACAACUCAAAAAGCAUCUAUAAUCCAGUACUGUACAUUGAAAACUUUAUGAAAGAAUGCUGUAAAAAUAGAUACAUAACCACUGCACUUCUUUGCUUUAUCCUAAUUGAUUUUUUAAUAUCAUUAUAAAUUAAUAUUAUUAUAAAUGUUUAAUAAAAAUAAAUUGUUCCAGCAGCACAACAAUU